AUGAAUAGCCCUAACACCUUUCUCCCUCAAUUCGACCCGGAACCUGCACCGAACCCACCAAUGAGUAACGAAAACUUAGAUGAACUCCGCCGCUAUGGCGAGGAGUUAGUGGAUGCCGGAAAUAGGAUUCGGGAGAUGGAACACGCGGUUAAUGAACCAGUCAAUGAAGUUAACCAAUCAGAACACAAUAACGAGGAUCACUUCCUAAACCGGCAAGACAUAGAAAACAUCGUUGCUCAGGGAAUAGUUAAUGCUAUUCCAGCUAUCGUCGCUGCGGUAAAAAGUCCUGUUGAGCCUUCACAAGCUCACCCUAGCAAACACACACGCGACAAUACCUCCAGUAAUAGUGUUAAUGGAGGAGGACAGUCAGCUCAUGCAUGGGAACCAAAAAAUUUGAGAUACAUUAUGUAUGCUUGCACCAUACUACAUAACAUGAUUAUUGAAGACGAAGGUCGAGCGAUAUACGAAUACGAUCCAAAUGAAUUUGAUGGGAAUGUUGAGCCAGUUGACAAGGAGCAACAAAACUCAAAUUUGUGGGCGUUACGUAACAAGUAUGUGCAUGCAAACCUAUGUGCGGAUUUAGUCGACCAUAUUUGGAAUAACUUCCGUGUCGUUGAUGACGAGUAG